AUGGCUAAGAUAGCCUCUAAUUUUGCCACGGCAUGCAUACAGAUAGCAAUUCUGUACGUAAAUGUCAUGCCAGUGGCAGUCACAGCAAGGGUGCUGUCUGUGCAUCCUUAUUUGAGCGGCCAAGAAAAGCCCAUAACCAAUAUUUUUGAUACUUCCAGUUAUGGUAUUUUACAGCUCGAGAAUGGAUUGGCCAAGACGCCUCAGAUGGGAUGGAAUAGCUGGAAUUUCUUUGCCUGUAAUAUCAAUGAAAAAGUUAUCAAGGAAACAGCCGAUGCACUCAUUUCAACUGGUUUGGCCAAAUUAGGCUAUGAAUACGUGAAUAUAGAUGAUUGCUGGUCUGAAUUGGUGCGGAAUUCAAAGGGUCAAUUAGUUCCUGAUUCUAGAGAAUUUCCAUCAGGAAUUAAAGCUCUUGCUGAUUAUGUGCAUUCAAAGGGCCUCAAGCUUGGUAUCUACUCUGAUGCAGGGGCUUUUACAUGUGAACUUCAUCCUGGAUCACUUGGACAUGAAUAUGAUGAUGCAGCACGUUUUGCAUCAUGGGGCAUCGAUUACUUAAAGUAUGACAACUGUUUCAAUCUGGGCAUCAAACCAGAAGAAAGGUACCCGACAAUGCGUGAUGCCCUAAAUGAAACUGGAAGGACCAUAUUCUAUUCACUUUGUGAAUGGGGCGUUAAUGACCCUGCCUUAUGGGCAGGCAAGAUUGGAAACAGUUGGCGAACAACAAAUGACAUCAAAGAUAAUUGGGAAAGCAUGACUACAAUUGCUGAUCUCAAUGACAAGUGGGCAGCCUAUGCGGGGCCUGGUGGAUGGAAUGAUCCUGAUAUGUUAGAAGUUGGAAAUGGGGGAAUGACUUACCAGGAGUACCGUGCACAUUUUAGCAUUUGGGCUUUGAUGAAGGCUCCUCUUUUGAUUGGUUGUGAUGUAAGAAACAUGACUUCAGAGACAUUUGAAAUUAUAAGCAAUGAGGAAGUUAUUGCUGUAAACCAAGAUCCACUUGGGGUUCAAGGAAGAAAAGUUUAUGCAUUCGGGCCUGAUGGUUGCUGUCAGGUUUGGGCUGGUCCAUUGUCUGGAAGUCGUCUUGUUGUUUCUCUGUGGAACCGGAGUUCAAAAAUUGCCACUAUGACUGUUAACUGGGCUGCACUUGGACUUGAAUCUUCUACCAAUGUCUCUGUAAGAGAUUUAUGGAAGCACGAAUUUGUUUCUCUGAAUUCCGCAUCCUCAUUCACUGCUCAAGUUGAUGCUCACGGCUGCGAAAUGUAUAUUUUCACUCCAGUGACGGUGACAAGCUCGUCUAGUUAA